GCAGCACCGUAUAAAAGCAAUCACCGAGCUGGGUUUAUCAAUCAAUUGAAAUCGAACGCGCACCGAACGAAGACGGAGGAUCCUGUUCCGAGCAAAGUCCGACGCCAAUUUACCAGUCAGUGUGAUCCCGCGUGAAAGGACACGAGCACUCGGUCCCAGAAGGAGUUACUGAGUCAGUCGAACUCGAGCGGAACGGAAGAACACGUGCGUGCUGUGUUACGAGCCCGCGCCGUCAUAUUACGUAGAGCAGUUUAGGUGAAAUCGUCACUCGGUGAAAGCGAUGCAGAUUGUUGGGCAGGUGGUGGCGGUGCUAUUGGCCCUGUGCUGUUUCUGGCUGGGAACGGUCAGGUGUUGGCCAGUUUCCAAUCCAGAGGUUGUGGACAGCUUGAUCUUCAGCAAUCCGGAAGUGGCAACCCAAUCGAUGCGCGAGAUUCCACAGUGGCACUGCCUGCGGUACUUCAAGCACGACAUCCACCUGAUGCGCCGCUGUCGCAACUAUCGGUUGCAUAUGUUACGGCGACCGAACGACAUGAUCUAAGGCGGAUUGUGGGGAGGAGUUGGGUAACGGAAACGAAGGUGCGACUCGAUUACGGAACGAUAUAGCGCUCCCAACCCUGUAUAAGGAGCAACGGAAUAUGGAACGAGCGCAAGCACCAGAAAUCUGCUUCGUCGUGAUAAACAACCAAUGAAACAUUACGAAUUAGAUUACUGCAUUACAUAGAUAUGAAUCUCAUAGUUAGCAGUUAAGGACUACCUACUAUACAAUUAUCUCUAUCAUCAUCGUUGUGUGAUGCGGCAGAGCGAUCAUAAAAAUACAAAGGAACGAGGAGUAUCACCAAGAUGUAGACUAAUUACGCACGUUAUUUAAUUGAGCAUUAAAAAAGCAUAAACAACGAACGAAAAUAAUCAACCAGUGGCAUUCGAAGUUAAUCAUGUAUUUUGGCACCAUUGUAUAUCAAUUUACUAAAGUGGAACAGUCAACAAUUAGAUAAGCAAAAUUAAUUUGUUUGUUUACUGCUAUAAUGACUUCUGUUGGAUUUAAAUACUUCUUAAGAAAAAUAUUUAUGUGACUGUUAUCGGAAAGGCAAACAUGAAAAUAAACAUGAAAAAAUCAAA